CCCUCGCAGCCGGGCAACGGGGCCCCUGAACUCCGGGAACCCUCGGGGACGGGGCCCGGCUCGGGCUCCGCGGCGGCGGACGAGGGGGGGCCGCCGCCGGCCCGGCGGAGCAAGCGGGAGAAAGCGGAGAGCAUGCUGCGCAACGAUUCGCUUAGCUCGGACCAGUCGGAGUCCAUGCGGCCGCCGCCGCCGCGGCCGUACAAGUCGAAGCGUGGGACGGGCGGCGCCGGGGGGAAACGGCAGACCAGCGUCAGCAGCUCUGAGGAGGAGGGCGGGACCACGCCCGAGUACAGCAGCUGUGAGGACGCCGAGAUAGAGAGCGUCUCAGAGAGAGGUGACUGGGAGUGCUACCCUCACGACCCCAGUGUAUGGCACCAUCCCGUAGCCUGGGAACCGUCCAAAGAAGGAGACCAUCAAAUAGGACGCAUCACCCUGAGCAAGAGGAGUGCUGCCAUGCCAAAAGAGGCCGGGGCCCUACUGGGGUUAAAGGUGGUGGGCGGCAGAGUGACAGAGUCAGGGAGGCUAGGAGCCUUCAUCACCAAAGUCAAGAAGGGCAGCCUGGCUGACGUUGUGGGCCAUUUAAGGGCAGGUGAUGAAGUUUUACAAUGGAAUGGCAAGCUGUUGCCGGGGGCAACCAUGAAGGAAGUUUACAACAUCAUCCUUGAGUCUCAAGCCGAGCCCCAAGUGGAUCUGGUGGUAUCCCGGCCUAUUGGUGAUAUCCCAAGAAUCCACACAUCACACCCUCCAUUAGGAUCUAGUUCCAGCUCCUUCGAGUCCCCCAAGAUGGACCGACCGUCCAUCUCCGUCCAGUCUCCCUCCAACGCCGGCAUGCUGCGAAACGCACCGCAGCUGCUGCCUGGACAGAUCUCUGUGAGGCUGUGGUAUGACAAAGCGGGCCACCAGCUUAUCGUCAACGUGCUGCAGGCCGUGGAGCUUCCCCUCCGGCCGGACGGGCGACCCAGAAGCCUUUACGUCAAGAUGUACUUCCUCCCGGACCGAAGCGACAAGAGCAAGCGGCGGACGAAGACGGUGAAGAAGACGGUGGAGCCCAAGUGGAGCCAGAAGUUUGUGUACACGCACGUGCACCGCCGGGACUUCCGCAACCACAUGCUGGAGCUGACCGUGUGGGACCAGCCCCGGAUGCCCGACGAGGACAGCACCUUCAUGGGGGAGAUCCUGAUAGAGUUGGAGACGGCGAAGCUGGACGACCAGCCCCACUGGUACCCCCUCCAGACCCACGACGUGUCCUCCAUCCCUCUGCCCCGCCCCUCGCCCUACCUGCCACGCAGGAACACAAACACAGAAGCCCCGGCCAAGAAGCUGCAGCCAGACGGGCGUGGCCGGGAGAGACAGCGGGAGCCCUUGUCCACCCUGGAGGUGCCGGAGCAGCGGCAACCGUCCAAUCACCAUCUCCGAUCUCGCUCCGUCUCGCCACACCGCGAGGAGCAGGGGCGCACGCGCUCCCGGCCCCCCAACAUCCCCACCCAGCGGAGCCUGGACGACGAGAUCCCCCAGAGCCGGCGCUCUCGCUCCCCGAAGCGCUACCCCGACUCCUCCAGGGGCCACCACCAGAGCCACGACUAUCUCCAGGACAGUAAGCUCAUCAUGAUCCACCAAUCAAUGCGGGGCAAAAGUGCUGAGUGCCUACACAUCAGUGAUGUGCAGCCGUCUCUGGACAGGGCUCGGAGCGCUAGCACCAACUGUCUGCCCUCAGACUACCAUGCCCCCUCACCAGAGUCUGAAAGAAAACCUUUUUCCCAAUCCCUGCCCCGGAGACGUCCGGCCAGCCCCAGGAUUCUUAUCCAACAUGCGUCCCCCGAAGAUGACAGGUACCCUGGGACCCUGGGAACACAUGAAUGUCACACUCUGGGCAGGAUGCUGGCUGACAGUGUCCGCGGUGGCAGGGGCCAUCCCCAGGGCGGGACCCCUCAGUCGUCCUCCGCAGCCCCCCCCUCUGCCCGCAGGGUGAGACAGCUCCCCCAGGUCCCGGCCAAAAUCAGCACGGUGGAGGAAGCCCUGGCGUCGGAGGAGCUUCUUCGGAAGCUGCCAAUAAGGGUCCAUUCCAACCGGACGUCGGCCCCCGCGGCCUCCAGCCAACAAGACCUCACCCGGAACCUGAAGAACAAACGAGAGCUCUAUAAGGACCAGCCGAGGAGCUGUGAGAACGUUUCCCACAAGUCCUCGGACAGCGAUGUCAGCGACGGGUCAGCCCUGUCUCGCACCAGCAGUGCCUCUCACAUCAGUAGCACCAGCUACAUGUCCAUCCAGUCAGAGAGACCCAGGGGCCGCUUAAGCCGUGCCAUGCGAGCCACGGGCCGCCAGAUGCUGAAGAGCACCAGCUGCGAGGUGAUCGGCAUGGAGCACGCCGACGGCAGCCAGUCGGACACGGCGCUGGGCAGCGGCGUCAAGAAGCGGCGCCCAAGCAUCGGUCAGCGUGUGGUCGCCAUACUGCCGUCCCGGAGGAGCCAGAGCACCUCGCAGAUCAGUCAAACAGAGGCGGCAUCAAAGGCGGUGGAGAGCCGGAAGGGUAAAGAGGCGCCAGCGAGUAAGAAGUCUGGUAAAGGCAGCAGCAGCAUCCAGAGGAGUGUGGAGACGGGCAUGGCGGUGGAGCUACCCCGGGGGGGGGUCUCCACCGUGAACCGGCAGGCCAGCAGGGACUCCACGGACGGCAGCAUGAACAGCUACAGCUCCGAGGGGAAUCUGAUCUUCUCAGGGAUGCGGCUAGGGGCUGACAGUCAGUUCAGUGACUUCCUGGAUGGAUUAGGCCCCGCCCAGCUGGUGGGCCGGCAAACCCUGGCCACGCCUGCCAUGGGAGACGUCCAGCUCGGUCUGACGGACAAGAAGGGCCAGCUAGAGGUGGAAGUGAUCAGGGCCCGUGGCCUUAUCCCAAAAACAGGCUCGAAAUCCCUCCCAGCUCCCUACGUCAAGGUGUACCUGCUGGACAGCGGAGCGUGUAAAGCCAAAAAGAAAACCAAGAUUGCACGGAAGACCCUGGAGCCGCUGUAUCAGCAGCAUCUGCUCUUCGAGGAGAGCCCCCGGGGCAAGGUGCUCCAGGUCAUAGUAUGGGGCGACUAUGGACGACUGGACCAUAAAUGCUUCAUGGGUGUGGCACAGAUCCUAUUGGAGGAGCUGGACCUCUCCAGUACCGUGAUUGGCUGGUACAAACUGUUCCCCCCUUCCUCGCUGGUGGACCCUACGUUAGCCCCGCUCGCGAGGCUGGCGUCCCAGACGUCACUGGACAGCUCAGGACCGCCUCCCGGCGUUCGAUCCUAGUGACCGAAGGGGGGACCGCACCCCCCCCCCCCCCCCCCCACUCAUCCCUCCCCCUCCCCCUGCCAUCAUCACUCCAUUGGGAACCAAACAAACAAAAACAAAGAAGUGAAUGGACAACGUUUCCUGGGCCACAACAGAGCAGAGGGCAUGACUAAACUACACCCAGGGACAGCGAGACUGGCCUCAGGCCGACCAAUGACAAGCCAGAAAAGAGUCAUAGAGAGAGAGAGAGAGAGAGAGAGAGAGAGAGAGAGAGAGAGAGAGAGAGAGAGAGAGAAAACUACCCAAUCAACGCUUAGCUGGAGUCUGACAAUCACUUGUCAUAAUUAAUCCUAUAUCCUACUUUUUCUGUUUGUUGUUUUUCUUCCGUUUGCGUUUCCCACCUGACUUUUGCUCUAUUUCUUCCGAUGUUUCACUUUCUCCUCAUUUUUUAUUUCUUUCGUUCCUUCUUUCUUUCUUUCUUCCUUCCUCCCGUUCUUUACCGCCUGCCCUUUCAACUGACAAAAGACAGUCUUGAUCAUGUGACUUAUUGAGCCAAUCAGAGUAGAGCCGAGGCCAAUAUGAUGAGCAUAUGAAUGGCAUGUGACACUCUAGGCAGCCGUAGCAGCACGGGGGGGGGGGGGCAUUAUUCUGCCCCCUGCAAGAAGAAAGAACACUUGUCUCCUUUGUUUUGACGAUGUGGGGGGAAACAGUUUCGCUCUUUAUCUAAUAAAAAGAGCGAACAACAUAGAGGCCAAAUUAUUAAUGAGCUCGUUUAUAUAUUCAUUAUUCAGAAUAUAUUCAUUAUUUUUUUAAACCAUCAAUCCGUUUGACUUUUCUUUCGCUCUACACACAUCCUGUAGAGUUCAGUAGGACGUCCUAAAGGUGCAGACUCCCUCCACCAAAUACUACCUUUGGUUUCUCAAGCAAUGCCCCCUCCCCCUGCACCUAAAAGACAGGCUAACUGUAGCCUGGUGGUUAGCCCACCCCCCUCUCCAGGCCCACCCCACCAUACCUGGCUCCCCAAACAACAUGUACCCUACAUGUACUUUGAGCCCCCCAGCCCCCACCUAGCCAAUGCCUCACCCCUUAGACCCACCCCUCACCCUUUAACCCCAACCCUCAUCCCUUUUCCUCACCCCUUGACCCCAACCCUGACCCCUUGACCCCACCCCUCACUUCUUGACCUCACCCCUUAACCCCACCCCUACAGGAGGGAGCAGCAUGUUUUGGGGGCCCCCCCCGGCCCCCCAGCCCCAAGCUGCAUGCACGUUUAUUUUUCUUUAAUUUUUUCUUUGAUUCUUUUGGUUUCCUUCUUUUUGUAAAAGCAAAGACGAGACAAACUACUGAUGAAUUCUGAAAAAAUAAGCAAAAAAGAAAAAAAGCGAGAAAAAAAGAAAAAAAAAUGAGACUAGACUAUGUGUGUUAGUUCCACAUACUUUAGGCCAGCUUGUAUGUUGCAUGUACUUGUACAGUAUGCUCGUACUGAACAUGAAUACAAAAAUAUCAAAAAAGAAAGUUAAUACAAUUCUGACCAUCCUCCCCCGUCCCUCCCCCCUGCCCCAAAACCCCCCCACACACAACUCCCCUGACAGGAGCGGACCAAUAGGGGAUCAGCUCCACCCAGGCCACGUCUACUACUCUGGGUUGAAAAUAUCCAUAUUUGGAGGUCUUCAAGAAAAAAGAACAAAAUAUAUAUAUAUAUCUAUUUUUCUUUGUCCUUUUUUUAAUAAAAGAACCUUUGAGCG